AAACGCAUAUAGAAAGGUACACCAUUUUAUUUUAUAUGUCCUUGGUUUCAUAAAACUUUAGGCGCUACCACCGGGUUUUAAUAGAUACCCUACUGACAAUCACACUAUAUUCAGUGAGCCUGACCAAUAUGAUUUUACCACGUUACGACCAGGUGGCAUGAAACAAUUCCAUCUUGCUUCUUUCUUCAGCAUGAUUGGCCUUUAAAACGGAAUCACUAAAAUGGCUUGACAGAAAUCCCUUACCUGAUUAUACUUCAGUUAGGGACAGCACGGUAAUUUCGUACACCUUCUCUCAGUUCUCACUUUGCUUUAAGAUGUCGUAACUGAUAGUGUAUUGCUAGUUACGAGGUUUUUCUCGAAAUUACAAUAAUACCAAUUUGUUUCUCUCUUUAUUUUCCCUUUUGAUUCGGAUAAUUGAGGGGUCUAGUUUGAAGAAUUUUCCUUUUGAGGGCUUCACUUUAGCUGUCUGAUUUGUGUGUGUUUGUUUGAUGGGAAUAAUUUUCUGGGAAAAUACCCGGUCAUGGGAAAGUUAUCUUUUAAGGAUUCACUAAAAGCGCUCGAAGCUGAUAUUCAGCACGCCAAUACUCUGGCUUUAGAUUAUCCGAGGGAGAAAGAUGGAGCACGACUUCAAAUGAGACUGUCUUACAGCCCUGCGGCUCAGUUUUUCCUUUUCCUUGUUCAGUGGACCGACUGCCAACUAGCUGGUGCCCUUGGUUUACUCCGGAUACUUAUUUAUAUGACCUAUGCGGAUGGCAAGACCACCAUGUCUGUGUAUGAGAGGAAAGCCAGCAUUAGAGAAUUUUAUGCGGUAAUAUUCCCGUCUUUAUUGCAACUUCAAAAAGGCAUUACCAGUUUGGAAGAUAGGAAACAGAAAGAAGUGUGUACCAUGAGGUACCGUAAGAAGGAUGAAUCCGAGAGGGGGAAACUCUCUGAAAUUGACUUAGAAAGGGAAGAAGAGUGUGGGAUUUGCUUGGAGAUGAGCAGCAUGGUUGUUUUGCCUAACUGUAGCCACUCUCUGUGUUUGAAGUGUUAUCGGGAUUGGCACGGCCGGUCUCAGUCAUGUCCCUUCUGUCGGGACAGUCUCAAAAGGGUCAACUCAUGUGACCUUUGGAUUUACACCGAGAAGAGCGAGAUCGUUGAUUUAUCACUGAUAUUGAGAGAGAAUUCUAAUAGGCUCUUCAUGUACAUUGAUAAAUUGCCACUUAUUGUCCCAGACCCUGUAUUUGUUCCUUAUGAUGUUCAUGUUAGGUGAUUGCUUCAGUGUAGGGCAUCAUAAUUGCCUGUAUAUAUAUAAAACUAGCAUGACUGUAUAUCAAUCUAUAUAUAAUCAUACUUGCCAUUCUGAAA